UGCUUGUGUAGUAUAGUAAAGUAUAGUGUGCGAAGCCAAUAAAUCGAGAAAUAGAAUGACAAAUCGUUCGAGGAUGCAGAUCUGAUAGUUCAGAAGAGGAAAUGAUAAUGAUAAAUGUGAAGCAAAUCUAGCUUUGAAGAUUUGACACCAGAUUCUUAGGUGUUCGCGCCUCUGCUGGAGUAUGUCGUAAAAGGCAACUUAAUCCCUAGAUAAGUUUAAGUCGUUGCCCUUAAUCCUUCUGUCAAGUCAUCAUCUUGUGCCUCAACGCUGCAUUCGUUUGAUGAACAUCCAUAUGGCUUCAGGAGGCUGAUAUUGUAAAUGUUGUGAUUAAGGCGAUUCCAGAAUGGAUAAUGAAUCAAAAACUCGAUUCAAACUCAGGUGUGUCCUGCUUGAGUUGUUGAAAAGUGACUAUCAAGUAACCGAUGACACAAUUUUGGAGAAACUUAUUUCACACCUUUCUGCCAAAGACAGUGGAUAUCAAAUAAUUGAUGUUCCACUGUGCACAGCAUGGGCACGAUCUGUUGUGUCCUCAUGGCAUGAUGGCAAAUCUUCUGUAGUUGUUGUAAGCUUUGCACUUCGUCUUUUGGCUAUUAUUGUAGAAAAUGAGAGUAAUUUCCGUGACAUACAGAAAACGGAUGGGUCAGCUGAGCCAGGUUUUGAGUGUAUUGUCAACACCCCACAUGGUGGUGUAUUUUUACAACUGCUACGUGAUGUGUGCUUGACUACAUCAAAGAGUGCCUCAAAUUUUUCUGUAAAAUGUGCACUUAUAAAGUUGCUUUCAUCGCUUUUGAAACAUUCAUGUGGACGUCAGUGGAUAAUGAGUUCUGGUUUAUGGAAGGAAGUUCAUGAAAUGUGCUUAAGCGAUUCAAGUGUGUAUGUUGUUCGUGAAGCAAGGAAAUUUUUAUCUGAUCUCUUAAAUGGCAUGUCUCAAACUCAGGAUUUGGAGGUAGAUGCAGUCCUGUCAUGUGUUUUAGAACCCUUUUUAUCAGUGCCAUCUUUUGCUGACCUUUCUCUGUGUACUUCAAGGGUUAUAGCAAGUCUCCACCUUUUGGGAGAUAUUUUAGACAACGCUCUUCUUACAUCAGAUCCUGAAACAAAUAAAAUUUCUUCCCCUGUUUUCAAUAUUAUUAGUAAGCCGUCAGUUGGCCUACUUUUAAAAUCUCUGGAGGCACUUAAAGUUACCAAAAGUGAAGAAAUGGAAGAGCUUCUAUCAAAAAUUGCAGUUGCUUUCUACAUAUUGAAUACUGUCAAGGAUGGGAAGAAACAUGAACCUAUUGAAGUAAAGGCUAUAUGCAUUCAAAUUCUUGGAGUGUUUAAUGCCCUUAUAAAUAAGGGAAGUGUUGAAAAUGUUCUGAAGCUCUGUGUUCUGUGUCAUAAUUACUGGACCUACGUUGCUAAAAUCCAAAGAGCCAAUGAAGGGGAAUGUCCACCACCACCAGCUGCAGGAGACGAAAAACACUAUCGCUUUGAGGACCAACUUCUUUGUCUGCAACUUGCACCAAUAUUUUCUCUUAUAGUAACAGCACCAAGUGAAAAUGAUAAAGAGCUCUAUCUUUACAAGCUUGCUUAUAAAAUAUGUUUUGAGUCUCAACGAUUAGUAUUUUCAUUCCGCAAUAUGGUUCUGCAACUUCAGCGCCUCCACCAUUGGUUAGCAAUGAGUGCAAGAUCUGUAAUGUGUCUUGCCAAACGACUGACGAGGAUUCUCCCAAUGUGUGUGGGUAUUUCCCAGUCAGAGCAGUUUGAUGUUGUAGCUGACAUGACUGAGGCUUUCAUCCAAAAGCUGACCUCUAUUAUUCAUAACCAUGUCCAUCGCAUGGCAUAUGUAUUUCGAGCUGCUAUAAGUGAAAGAGGUUUUGAUGAAAGACUUGCUUUGCUUGGUGUUUCUUCUAUAUUAUCUGUGAAAAACACACUUACAAGGCUAACUCCUCUGUGUGUGGGAUGUACUAUGGGUGAUUCCACUCUUGAGUCCUAUUUUCAAAUACAAGUAUCCCAACGAAUAACACUUGAUGUAAUGAGAUCUAUUUAUGCAUUUAGAGAUGCUCUAAUUAAGACACAGAGCAGUGCUCUGAUGGAUAGGGCAGCCCUUCAGUCUGUUGUCACUAUUUCCUCUCUCAGUGUGAGAGGGGUGCAUCCUGAAACAGAACGGGAUAGAGCUGUAUUGGUUUUCCAAUCAUUCAUUUAUGUGCUGAAACACUUUGUCCUUUGUGCUGAAUCUGAAAAUAAACAAGGAGGAUGGGGUGGAGAAUUCCGCGAAUCUCAUCAUUCUACACUCCUAGUUGCAAUUUUGGAUGGUCUGGCCAAUUUAGUGCGUUCUCAUCGCAUCACCUGGAGAGAGAGUGUAGAAUCUCUAUGUUUAUUAACUCUUGCUCAAGAGCUUCUAGAUAGCCCAACAUUUUCCAGUAAGGUUGGGCUUGUUGUUCAAGCAUUACAACUAAUAAAGCUUUGUAUUGAGAACUUUAUGCCUCCAAAUCUUGCUUUGUUGACUAACUCCUUAAGUGGCACGAGCCUUGACCAUUUGGGCCCGUUAAUAUACAAGCGCUUGCAUGAUCCUCAUUGGGAAGUUCGUGACAGUUCACUGGAAGUUUUGCUUACUCUAGCAACUAUAUCACAUACAAAAUAUCCACUCUUUCAAGAACUAAUUCUUGAUAAUAAGCUUACUGAAGUUGUUGUCCAUCUAGCACUUAAUGAUGCUGAGAACUAUGUUUGUGCCUCAGCUACAAAGUGCCUUACAGCUAUGAUUCGUGUUGAUCGAUUCUGGAAUGAGGAACUUAGUGACAAGGACUUAGUGAAUAAAAUGAUAGGAAUACUUAAUGGAGAAAGUGAAGGUGUUUUACGGAGAGAAGCAUCAUUGCUCAUGAGUGAGAUAUUCAAAUAUCGUAAAGUUCCAUCUGAUGUGCUCCAGAAAAUGUGUCUGACCAUGGCUAAUGUAGUUUUAUCAGACCUCCACUGGGAAGUAAAAGUGAAUGCUUUAAUUUUUUGGAAGCUUAUGAUAGAGCGGCAAAUGAAUGACCAGGGCAUGAUUGAUGGUGUGUUCCCUCAAGUCACCUUUUCUAAGGAGCACAGAAAGAUAAUCAACCUGACGCCAUCUGUAAUUAAAGACCGACUGCGGAAAGUGCUAGCAGAAUUAUCCCAAAAUGGAUGUCUCCAUGUGCUGGUUGAAGCUAUUCGCAAAGAUGAAGACUUGGAAGUAGUUAAGAGAGCAUCUGAAAUCAUAUCAUAUUUAUCAGUUGUUCUUGAGAAACAUGGUCUCCUUGAUCGAAAGAAUAAUAUGAGCUUAACCCCUACACCAUCAGAAGCAUCACCAGCUCUUAGUUUAAAUAAUGUGUCUUCACCAUCUAAUCAAUCAGACUGUCCUUCUACAUCUCCUAGUUCUGGUAUGAGCUCCUUUUAUGAAGUUGAAGUUCCUGCCCAGGGCACAGUUGAACAGAGUGUGUCGAAUUCGAGCAGUUACAAUUCUCUGAAUAGCAAUAACUAUUCAAAGUCAGUUGGAAAAUCUAUUUUAGAUUUAGAUCCUCAAGUUAUGGGUUUUGAUGUUUUGAAUGAUGAUGUUUUGGAGCUGCCUGGCAUUUCAAAAGCAGAUAUACAAGACAAAGUUAUUGACUCGAUUCUCAAUGAUAGAGACAUUAACCUGUUAGCUAAAGUUUACUUAGGGACCGGAGCCGAGGUAACAGGCCGCCAGGGCCCAGAAACUAAAAUUUCAAAACCUGUUAGGCCUCUGGUUGUCUUGAACCCAGAAGAAUUCUUGAGCCAACUUUCAAUAUUGGAAGUUGAAAAAAUUGUAAGUGAAAGAACUCGCUGGGUUAUGGAUACAGGUGGUAACCUGGACACGCUUCUUGAUGACAUGUUAAUCACACGAAACCUCAGUCUUAAGGAAGAAGACGACUAUAAUGCUAUGGACUGUUACUGAACAUGUAAGAAUUUCGUCUAAAUCUAAUUUGUAUGAAAUCUGUGGGGUCACUUUUGUUGAGUAAAUUUUUAAUUGAUAGUUUCCUGACCAAUAAAAUUGUCAGUUGUACUUUGUUGAAUACUAUGAGUUUUCCACACUCAUCAAAGUGCCUUAUUGUAAGUUAUUAGAGUUUAUAGAUUUUGAUCUUUAUAUCAUGAGAUAUUAAGGCAAAUGAAAAUAUUUGUAAAACUAUAUGUGUAUAAUAAAUGUUUUUUUGUUUAUGUUA